AUGUCCUCAAAUCCGCAUCGUCCCGCUCGUCUGCUUUCCUUUUACCGCACGAGCAUGGUCGCCUCGUCCCUCAUCUCAUCCCCGCACCCAUCACUCACUGCCGCAAUGCUCCCGCCGCCAACCGCCCGCACCAGCGGGACCCUUUUCAUCUCCUCGGCGAACCCGCGCCUGACCACCUUCACUGUCCCCUUCAUCCAGCGCAACCUAAGCUCGCGACAUGCCCCACUGCGCAAGCGCGCGCGCUCGCGCUUCCUAGCCACGGCCUCCGCGCGCAACGGCCUCCCACCCACCCCCGGAAUCGUGCCUGCCGAUCUGAAGCAGGAGAUGACGCGGUCGUACAUGGAGUACGCCAUGUCCGUCAUCCUGGGGCGGGCGAUGCCGGACGUGCGGGACGGGCUGAAGCCGGUGCACCGCCGCAUCCUGUUCGCGAUGCACGAGCUCGGUCUGUCGCCCGGUGGUCAGUUCCGCAAGAGCGCGCGCGUGGUCGGCGAGGUGCUGGGCAAGUACCACCCACACGGGGACACGGCCGUGUAUGACGCGCUCGUGCGCAUGGCGCAGCCGUUCGCCAUGUCCAUCCCGCUCGUCAACGGACACGGAAACUUCGGCUCCACGGACGGCGACCCGGCCGCCGCCAUGCGCUACACAGAGUGCAAGCUCGCCCACCUCACCCGCGAUGUCUUCCUGGCAGACAUGGGCAGGGACACCGUCUCGUACUCGCCCAAUUUCGACGGCUCGGAGUCCGAGCCGCUUGUGCUGCCGGCGAAGGUCCCCAACUUGCUGGUUAAUGGCAGCUCGGGUAUCGCCGUCGGUAUGGCCACUAACAUCCCCCCGCACAACCUGGGCGAGGUCGUCGCCGCCCUCAAGGCCAUCAUCGCGGACCCGGAGCUGUCGGAUGACGACCUGCUCGCGCUCGUGCCGGCGCCGGACUUUCCGACGGGUGGCCAGAUCUUGGGCACGGAUGGCGCCCGCGAUAUGCACAUGGAGGGGCGCGGCCGUAUCGUCGUGAGGGCGUGCGUGCAUCCGGAGGUUGUCGGAGGAGACGACGGUAGCACGAGGAGGCAACAGAGGGAGGCGAUUGUGGUUACGGAGCUGCCGUAUCAGGUGAACAAGGCCACGCUGGUGGGUAAGAUUGCCGAGUUGGUGAAUGACAAGAAGCUGGAUGGCGUGGCGGAUUUGCGCGAUGAGUCGGACCGGAAUGGGACCCGGAUCGUCAUCGAGUUGAAGCGCGAUGCAAUGCUCGAGGUUGUAUUGAAUAAUUUGUUCAAGAAGACGCAGCUACAGUCUUCCUUUUCGGCAAACGUCAUGGCGCUGGAUAAUGGUCGCUUUCCCAUCCGUCUCACGUUACGCAAUUGUCUUGAGAAGUUUCUCAAGUUUCGCCGCGAGACAAUUCGGCGCAGGGUCCAGUUUGAUCUGCGCAAGGCGGAGGAUCGAUUCCAUAUUGUGCAAGGCUUUCUGAUCGUGCAGGAGGAUAUUGACUCGGCGAUCGCGGAUAUUCGGGGAUCGCAGGACAGCGCGGAGGCUCGGGGGAAACUGAUGAAACGUCUCAGCCUCAGUGCGAGGCAGGCAGACUCCGUUCUUGCGAUGCAGUUGAAGAGGCUGACGUCGUUAGAAAAGAAUCGCCUGGUCGACGAAAGUGAGACCCUGCAGGGAGAUAUUGCCAAGUACAAAGGCAUUUUGUCCACACCGACGGAACUCGAUGCGAUCAUUGUUGAUGAGUUGACUGAUAUUUCCGACCGCCAUGCCGGUCCGCGUCGAUCGAAGAUCAUUAUGGGAAGGGGCGAUGGGUCUACUGAAAUUGAUGAGCUGUCAUUGUUUUCGAACGAACGUUCCGUCAUCACGGUGACAGAGAAAGGGUACGUAAAACGGAUGCCGACGUCUGCAUUUGAGAAUCAGAAUCGCGGAGGCCGAGGUAAACGAGGAGCUGGGAAACUGCGAGAGGGAGACAGGAUUGUGCACUUUUUUUCGUGCAUGUCUCACGAUUCUUUGAUUGCAAUCUCGAAAUCUGGAGUCGCAUAUAAAAUCUCAGCGCACAAAGUGCCCCUUGCGUCUCUGGGUUCGCGGGGUGUCCCUCUUUUCCAGCUUCUUCCAGCAGUUCCGGCCGGUGAAGCUGCGGCCUCUGUUUUAUCUGUCACUGAUUUUUCGGAUCGUCAGUUUUUGGUCCUUUUGACAAGAAAUGGUUAUGUGAAGAAGACUGCUGCUUCCGUUUUUGAAUCCCUCAAUGCCGGUGGGAAGCGAAUUAUUGCUUUGGAUGACGGCGAUGAGCUGAAAUGGGUCCGCCACUGUACAGAGAAGGACUCGAUGCUGAUCGCUUCCCAGAAGGGAUACAUUAUUCGCUUCGCAACAAACAACCAGAACUUGAGAGCCUCGGGAAGGCAAUCCAGAGGUGUGCGGUCAAUGCGAUUGGUGGCUGGUGAUGCAAUUGCAGAUAUGGACAUCAUGAGCGCGCAUGGCAUGAUCGAAGGAAAUGUUUCUGAAGAGGAUGAGGGUGCAAUGGACGAGGAGGAAGACGAAGACGUGAAUGUUGCGGAAGACCCGGACGCGUCGUACGUUCUUGCGGUCACGCGCCACGGGGCAGGUAAACGAAUCGAUGCAAACUCUUUUCGGAUGCAAUGUCGUGGAGGUCGCGGAAUGAUUGGCAUGAAAUUCAAAGCCAAUGGCCGUGGCGACUGUAUUGUUUCUCUACAGACUUGCCACGACGAUGACUCCGUCAUGGUCGUGACUUGCGAUGGAACAAUUGUACGCACACUAGUGAAGGACAUCCCAGUUCAACGCAGGUAUUCCCGAGGGGUGAGGAUUCAACGACUCGGGCAAAAGGAUACGGUUGCGGCUGUUGCCAUCCUUCCCCAAUUAUUGACGGGAGAGGAGGUAGAGGAAGGGGAAGAGGUAGUUUUUGGUAAGGAGUAAAGAUAAGUUUUUGUUCCUAA